AUCAUAUACAUGAGAUGCAAGUCGUCUUUAUCUCUGUAACUAAACUGAACAUGGUUGCAUGGCUGCACGUCCUCGUAGCUCUCAUUAGUACAGUCGGGUAUCUACGGCACAAAUUCGUAAACAAGGUGGCUGCUUUUGCCAAAACGGCCCUAUCUUCUGGCAUGUACGGUCUGAGCACGACUGCACAAUGUCAUCCCACCCAUCGCAUUGCGGAGGUUUCCCCAGGAAGCUUGUACCACGUGCAUGUUAUGGUGGACUGGAUGGGUGGAGCAGGCGCGGAUUGGUCUGCAACCUUGAAAAACCUUCUAGAAAAGAGCACCACCGACAACGACAACGGCCAUAGUUUUGCAUCCAUGGUAUUAGGUAGUUUCGGUAAGAAAGGCCCGAGGGCGGUUGGACUUGAGGUAGGUGGUCUUUCCUACUCGCCCUGUCUCUCUGUGCUUCUCAGUGCUGAGGCCUCUGCCACCAUGGCACUGGAGCGCUUUGUGCUCGCCGUUCUUCGCGAAUGUGUUUACAUUCCAGGACUUAUGCCCAAUGUGUUAUCCAACUUCACCGAGUUUAAGGGUCAAUCGGUAAUGCAGACGAAAAUGCUGGAUCCCGACCUUUAUGAUGAACACAAAAGGACACCAAAUUCGCAUCUGGGAGACAGAUCCCUGCCCAAUGUAGCCCAGAAUGCUCGUGGUUCCAAUCUUGUGCACGUCGAACAAUCACUCCCUGAUACCCAGCUACAGAUACUCGAAGAGCACGCAUUUCUAAUCAAAAUGCUUCGUCUGAAAAAUAUAUACGAUACCGGAAUACUCCAUUGUGACUUGAGGCCCGAGAACGUGCUAUUGACACCAUCUGGCCAUGUUGCUAUUGGUGAUUUCAGCCUUCCUGUAGCCAAGUAUAGGGGAAGCAGUCACUCAAGAAAUAGCCUGUACGAAGGAUUCAGCGCAUUCAGCAGUGCUCUCUUGAAUUGUGUCACCGCACACACAACUGUUCCUGUCCUAGGAGAUCCACUGCACAACAGUAAGAAAUCCCAGAGACCUGAAAAACCAACAGAUCAUUGGUGCUCAACCAAAUACUGUGUGUAA